GAUACAGACGACACCUCGUGCUUUUUCGAGAGUCAUUCUGAAGAGACCCAACGUGUGUCAUACCGCGAGUUUCCAUUACCGGCUCUCCCUGAUUGCAGCUCGGUCUUUCUAUUGUUACUGUUGAAUCAAAUUUCUUGUAGCUCGUCAUGGCAUCCAUUAGUCUUCUAAAUCCAAAAGCCGAGAUUGCUCGUGCUGCACAGGCCCUGGCUGUCAAUAUUUCUGCAGCAAAAGGAAUUCAAGAUGUAAUGAAGUCCAAUUUGGGACCAAAAGGCACCAUGAAAAUGCUCGUCUCUGGUGCUGGAGAAAUCAAGAUUACCAAAGAUGGAAAUGUUCUUCUACAUGAAAUGCAAAUUCAACAUCCUACUGCAUCCUUGAUUGCCCGUGCAUCUACUGCUCAAGAUGAGGUUACUGGAGAUGGUACAACUAGUACAGUUUUGGUUAUUGGGGAACUGCUCAAACAGGCAGAUCUCUAUGUUUCUGAAGGCCUUCACCCCAGAAUUUUAACUGAGGGUUUUGAACUAGCAAAAGUCAAAGCUUUGGAAGUUUUGGAGUCUGCCAAGAUCCCAGUUGAAGCCAAAAGAGAGAUUCUACUUCAAGUUGCCCGAACUUCUCUGAGGACAAAAGUCCAUCAGGUGUUGGCUGAUUUAAUUACAGAGGCAUGUGUAGAUGCUGUAUUGGCCAUUAAGGAAGAGGAUAAACCUAUUGAUCUGCACAUGGUUGAAAUCAUGGAGAUGCAGCACAAAACGGAAAUGGACACUCAGCUGAUCCGUGGUAUCGUUAUGGAUCAUGGUUCCCGUCAUCCUGAUAUGCCCAAACGUGUCGAUAAUGCUUAUAUCCUCACUUGCAACGUCUCAAUGGAAUAUGAGAAAAGUGAGGUGAACUCAGGCUUUUUCUACAAGACGGCUGAUGAGCGUGAAAAACUAGUUAAAGCUGAAAGGCAGUUCAUCGAGAGCCGCGUUCAGAAAGUUGUUGAUUUGAAGAAGAAGCUUUGCGAUGGCACUGACAAGACUUUUGUACUUAUCAACCAAAAGGGUAUCGAUCCUUUGUCUCUGGAUAUGUUGGCUAAAGAAGGCAUCAUUGCUCUUCGCCGAGCCAAACGCCGUAACAUGGAGCGAUUGACUCUGGCCUGUGGUGGUAUUGCCAUGAAUUCGUUUGAUGAUCUUUCCGAGUCAUGUCUUGGAUAUGCCGGAGCAGUCUACGAGCAUGUUUUGGGCGAGGAUAAGUAUACAUUUGUUGAAGAUUGUCGUAACCCCAGGAGUGUUACGAUUCUGAUCAAAGGCCCAAACAAAUAUACUUUAACUCAAACAAAGGAUGCAAUUAGGGAUGGACUUCGUGCAGUUGUCAACGCACUAGAAGAUACUUUCGUCGUUCCCGGUGCUGGAGCUGUUGAAAUUGCAACUCAUAAGGUUUUGGUUGCAUACAAGGAACAAGUCAAGGGUCGCGCCCGUCUUGGUGUUCAAGCAUAUGCUGAUGCCAUGCUGGUCAUUCCGAAAGUGUUGGCACAAAACGCUGGAUUUGACCCUCAAGACUCUAUUGUCAAAAUGCAGCAAGAGUUUGUUGAAGGUGGACCCCUUAUUGGUCUUGAUCUACAAUCAGGCGAGCCGAUGAUUCCAGGAGAUUUAGGAAUCUAUGAUAACUAUCGUGUUAAGAAACAGAUUCUCCAUUCUUGCACGGUCAUCGCUAGCAAUCUGCUUUUGGUAGAUGAGAUUAUGCGUGCUGGUUUGUCCUCAUUGAAGUAAAUGGCCAUGCCUCAAGGUCCACCGAGUUCCUGAGCAGCAAUGGAUGACUUUUUUCUAAUCAAUCUGCUUGAAUUCUAAUUUCGUUCCGGCUUACCAUUUUCGUCCGCUUGAGAAACUAAUGUUAUUACAAUUUGCUAAUCACUACUAAAACAG